AUGUCGUACGCACCACCUUACGGCGAUCCUUACGCCCGCCCUCCCUCAGAUCGUCCUCCCUACGAUCGUCCUCCAUAUGAUCCUUAUGGCCGCCCUCCCGCGGAUCCAUAUGCUCGACCUCCCUCAGACCGUCCCUAUGAGCAGCCACCCUACGAUGGCGGCCGCCCACAAUAUGAUCGCAGCCCAUACAGCGCACCCCCUCCCCAGUCCCGUCCCCCACCGGGUCCACCACCUCCCCUACCUCAGGGUUGGGUCCAGGAAUGGGAACCUUCUGCCCGCCGCGCUUUCUGGGUAGAGCCAUCCACCGGCCGCUCUCAAUGGGAGCAACCUUCCUACCAGCCUGCCUACUCUGGCUACGACGAUGGAUCGCGCAGCGUCCCUCCUGCUGGCCCGCCCCCGGGCGCUUACUAUGCGCCUCCUGCGGGCCCUCCUCCGGUUUCUUACGACAGCCGCCCCAACUACUACGAGCCCCAGGGGGAGGCCCCUGAGAAGAAGAGCAGCAAUGCUGGCAAAUACCUCGCUGCUGGUGCUGCUGGUUUGGCCGUUGGUGGUCUUGCCGGUGCUCUCAUUGAACACGAGCGCGAUGAGGACUCUGAUCGGUCAGACCGGGAGGAAGCAUAUGAGGAUGGUCGUCGUGAUGAGGCAUACGAGGAGGGUAGCGAUGGCGGUGGUUUCUUUGACUGA